UGCUUUCAAGGAUCGCCUAGCCUCCCUGGACGUAACGGAGUCAAUGGACAUAACGGGUUACCAGGCCGCGAAGGCCAAGAUGGUGCUAAAGGUGAAAACUGCGUGAUGGGUCCCCCUGGACCAGGCCGUGAGAAAGGAGAAAUGGGACCACGUGGAACAGCCACUGAUCACAGAAACUGGAAACAGUGCGCGUGGAAGUACAGCGACGGUCGUGACUCGUGUUAAAGAUCAGAAGACCUGUUUACAAGCGAUUAUUCAAAUCGCGUGCUAUGUGCUACCAAAAAGGCAAUGUUAACCAAACGUGUCAAAAAGUCAGUCGGUUCUGGCUUGCAUCAGAAUCUGAGUGCACAGCGGGUGCCGUGGAACAGCGAUCCCAAAGUUUGUCUACAGGCUCUUCCCUUUCUAUUCCCCGGCGAUUUUUUCACCCUUUCCCCAAUGAGAGAGCCUGUUCUUAGGCUAGCAAAUUAAACAGUAAUGCGUUCGACUGGGCUCAUAUGAAUAAGCCGUACUUACAUUCGUACAUCAAAAUAUUUGCUCAAGACUAGUCGAGGCCACUUCUGUGAAUAUCUGUUCGUACAUCAUGCUCACAGUGCAAAUAUUUAAUUACACAACUGUAUUGUAUUUCUAUAAUAUCAUUGACACUUGUAUUAAACAAAGCAAACAAAGUCAAAAUAUGGCAGAUUUAUCGGCUGGUCAUGAUCACAAACAAGAAAAAAUUCGCAGUAAUAAAUUCGCCGAAAUGCUACUUGGCCUUUGUUUUUCAUCGUAGUUCAGUUGACCAAAAAAAACCUUUUUGACUCAGUUUUCUAUCCAUUUCAUUUUCUCGCGAUAACUGAAGGCUAUCUAUUUCAUGUUUCAUGGAGGCGUUCACGAACUGCGACAGUAGCCCAUAACUGACUGCGAACAUUAUUUGUAACCGCUGUAGUCACUCUUCAAUGAGGUAAGUCAACAAUCGACACUGUGAUUAAUAGUUCGAUUACAGACGAGUGUAGUGAGAUCAAUCCUGCAGUGUAUUCAAAUCAUGCUUCAGUACGGUGUAUUGAUAAAUUGUAUUGACAGGAAUGCUUUCCUGCUCACUUUCCCUCUAACAAAUGACGUGCUGAUAUCAUCGAGACAGCUAGACUUAAUCGACAGAUUUCAUAGAAGAAACAUCGCGUUUGAGUCACAACUUCCACAACGGGAGCCGCCUUCGUUAAUUCCUACAGUGCCAAAAUCAUGAGUGUUAAUAAGCGCGUACAGCUCGAAAACUGAACUUAGGAAAAUUAAGGAAUCGAUUCAUAGGCCACUUGUAUCUCUCAAUUCAACAGCUGUUGUCCAGAGAGUGGAGUAUGAUGAUUUGAAACUGCUCCUGAAAGAUUCAGCGUCCGUUUAAAAUUUAUGCACUGAUUUGCUCGUUUAUAUGUCGUCGAUCAUUCCAAGACAGAAUUUGAGGUACUAAAUAUUAUCCAAUGAGCAGGGUGUCUAGGAUCGAAUCCAAUUGAAAACCGCGCAAAAGAUGUGUUUGUUAUCACCAGAAUUCUUCUGGUCGAGGCAUGGGUCUUGAUAAAAAUUACCAUACUUAGUAUAUAUGUUACAGGUCAAAAUUAAAAUCAGGUUAAAAUUUUUUUGCCUAGGUUGAUUCUCACUUUCUUUUGUCUCCCAGCCCUAAUUCACGAAUAAUUAGGAGUAGGAGACAAAGAAAUUGAGAGCCAACCUAGUUUAAACAAUUUAACCUGAAUUUUAUUUUGAUCUGUAACAUAUGUAACAAGCUGCUUAUAUAUUACGAUAGAAAAGAGACUUGAACUCUGACUGAUGAGGAAAAAUCGCUCAAAAUCUAUUUAUAAUUAAUAUCUAAUGGUUCCUUAGAGCUCUUGGAGAAUGAGGUGAUGUAUUUGCUGUUCAAUGGUCAUUCUGUGCAAUAACGAUCUAUCUGUUUGUGUUGCUUCGAUUAUUAACAAUUUCCCCAGAAGCAACAUUCCUUUGAAUAGAUCAAAACGCUGAGAAACAGGACCACAAUGUUGAAGUUCAUUUUUUAUUUAGCGUGUGCUUUGCAGUCCGCAAUAGUUACAUGCUUGGCGCAAGCAUCCGUGACUUGAGGCCUCGGAAAUUGAUCCACGAAGAAAGAUUAUUAACCAAAUCAACGAUAAGAAAAAAUAACGUUCACUUUCGGCCAGUUUUGAUUACUUUUUUGAGAAAACAUGAUUGUAACCAUUUCAUGACGAAAACUCUAUUUGGGAGCUAGACUUCACUUUCUGCGCUCAGGAAAAGUUAAACUUAUCAAUACUGAAAUAACUUAAGGUUGAAAGAGGAAAAAAUUGUUUUACCUAUUGGUAAUCCCCCGCUGGUCACUCAUUCAGCCGCACUUUUAGAAACUCUGCCAGUAUUAAAACAGUCUAAAGUUAUAAGAAUGCUCGUCUGGUUUUUUAGUUUGCCUGAACGGAAGCUUGAAAGCCAUGAAGCAAUAAGGAUCUGCGAUACAUCGCAAAUAAUAAUAUACAGGGCCUCUUUUUUAUAUUAUAUUUUUAUCAGACAGUGAAAUGGGGCUGUUUGAAGUACAAUAGCAAAUUAUACUGUCACGGCUUUUAUAAGUAAAGAAAACUCCCUAAAAUACCAUAACAAAAUCAAAUGUUAGAAAAUUUGGGUUCACCUUAAUGAAUUGUCUAAGUCCUUGCUCAGAUAGACCUUGUCAUGGUUUUCGACGCCAUCUUGACGAGUAGGCAAACGUGUGAGAAAUUACAGUGGUUGUAUGAGAAUCUAAUAUCGAAUGAUUUCCGUAAAACGGCUGUUCUGAAAAAAAUAUGACUUGUAAAAUAAAGCUACAAAACGAAGGAUUGUACUUAAAAUUUUGGGGGGGCGUACGUGUGCUUAAAUUUCUCUCGAGGCUUGCUUUAGAUUUUCCACAUAUUCGUCUCUAAUUUUUCCCAGGACUUUCUUACAGACAAAUGUAUAGAAAAUUUUAAAAAGUGGUUCUAGGUCUUCUAGCGCAUCUAACGCCCUCAAUUUUUUUCGGUAGAUUCCUUAGGAGUGAAGCUUUAGCUUACAAUUCAUAUUUUAUUCAGAACCGCCAUUCUACGGAAAUUAUUCGACAUUAGGUUCUCAUACCAACACUGUAAUUUCUUACGCGUUUGCCUACUCGUCAAGAUGGCGUGAAAAGGUCUAUUUAAACGUUUAUUAACAAUUUUAUUCUGGUGACAAAGCGACGAAACCUGCUCAAGAGCUUGAAUUUUGUGGAAUACGAGCAUUUAUUUUAAGUUCACUAGUUUAAUUUUGCUCGCCUGGCUUUAAUCAAGAUUCAUCGAGCAAAGAUGUUUUCAUACUUGAAACGUUCAAUAAUCGUGAUCGCACAUACUUAUCCUCCUGCUCGCUGUUAUUGCACUAAGUUGUUCAAGGUCUGUAAACGUGGCAGUCGGUCAGCACAUGCCAUUGUGUUCACACAACAAGAAAAAUUUCGUUAAAAUUAAUUCAAAAAGUGAACUUUUAUCCUUCGUCUCCAACUUCACACAAGACAGAACACCACAAGACUUGUGCAGUUGGAGUUCAACGCACGCUCUCCUCAGUUCGUAACUUGUUUUCCGUUUUUCUUGUACCCUCAAGAUGAAAGAAGGAAAUCUAUUUGUUUGGUGUUUACUUUUUCUGUCGAUGUCGUCCACCGCUUUCGCUAAGGUAAGAUAAAUCAGCGCACAGAAUUGACUUUUCUUAAAAUAUGCAAAAAAGAGCGAAGAGCGAAUCUGACUGAAACACGGGUUAAGUUGUCGAGUCUGUUAGUCGUAAAGGCUUACAAAACGUAGCAGCGAGAUUUUUCCAUGCAUCAGCGUAAGUGGAAACGAACAUUUCAGAUUUGAAAUACUUUUUAGAUUAGGAUUACGUGUCGACCUUUUAUUUUCUUAAAUUCAUAUUUUUAAAAGAGAGUUUGAAAACACAGCCUCCAAAUUAUAAUUAGCACUCCUGUCUUCCGCUCAAAGAACGACAUUGGGUAAAUCAAGUCUGUCCACGAAAGGAUUUUUUACAAAACGCACAUCUCUUGUGCUACUGUCACUUAGAGAGAACAAGAGAGAUUGAUGACUCUAAGAAUAUAUAAAAGGCAGAUGAUUGGCUGAGCUUCUUCUAUACUUAAUGUCAAUCAUUUAUUACUGACCUGAACCCAAAUUUUGCUAAAAAAAGAAAAAAAGGUACAAAUGAAUAUACUAUUAAUUUUUGAACAUUUAUGUAACACAGAACUCAAACACGUGCUUGCAAGGAUCCCCUGGCCUCCCCGGACGUAACGGAGUAAAUGGACACAACGGGUCCCCAGGUCGCGACGGCCGAGAUGGUCCUAAAGGUGAAAAGGGUGUGGCAGGCGCCCCUGGAUCACGUGCUGCGAAGGGAGAAAUGGGAGCAAGUGGAACAGAUACUGAUCACCGGAAUUGGAAACAGUGCGCGUGGAAGAACAACGACGGUCGUGAUAUUGGACUGAUCAAGGCUUGUUAA